AUGGAUUCUAAGUUUAAUGCCUUGGUAAAAAAUGGGACAUGGACCCUUGUUCCUAAGCCACCCAAUGUUGAGCCCAUUAGUUAUACUUUUAGCCUUGUUAUUAAGCCCACUACUAUCUAUGUCAUUUUGGACCUUGCUAUUUCCAUGGGCUGGUCACUCCAACAAUUGGAUGUUCAAAAUGCAUUCCUUCAUGGGUACCUUGCUGAAACUGUGUUUAAUGCUUCUCAGUCCGAUACUUCUCUCUUCUUGAAACAUGGUGGGUCAUCCUCUCUUUUUGUUCUCAUCUAUGUCGACGAUAUUAUUGUCACGGGAUUUGAUUCCAAGGCUGUCUUUAAUCUCAUUCAUUUGUUGGGUUCUCAGUUUGCUGUUAAGGACCUAGGCCCCUUGCAUUACUUUUUGGCUUUGACAUUAUUGAUAAGUGCUGUAUUUCCCAUUAUCAGUAGAGUUGCACUCGACAUGGGUGUCAGCAAAGUUGUUAUGACAGUGUACAGAAACAUCAUUGCACUGAUUUUGUUGGGACCUUGUGCUUAUUUCUUAGACAAGGAAGCAAGACCACCUCUUACUUGUUCUUUGCUGGUUAAGUUCUUCCUUCUUGGAUUACUUGGGGUCACCGGUCUUCAAGGGUUUUUUCUCCUUGGUUUAUGCUAUAUGUCUCCAACCUUUUUAUCAGCGCUACAAAACUCAGUUCCAGCAAUUACUUUUGCCAUGGCUUCAGCUUUGGGGUUUGAGCAAGUUAAUGUCUUAAGAAGAGAUGGGUUGGCAAAAGUGGUAGGAACCAUUUUAAGUAUAGGAGGUGCAACCAUUAUUACUCUCUACAAGGACCCUCCUCUGAACUUCUUACAGCACUCACAGAGGAAAUCAGUAGAGGAAUACAUGGGCUUGUAUUCAACGGAAGUGAAGAAUUGGGCAUUGGGUUGUCUUUAUGUACUGGGCCAUUGCUUAUCAUGGUGUUCUUGGAUGAUACUUCAGGCUUCAAUAGUAAGAAAGUAUCCAGCUAAUAAACUAUUUAUCACCUGGUUUACAUGCCUCUUCGGACUACUGCAGUUUCUGAUAAUAGCAGCCUUUACAGAAACAGAUAUCAACCACUGGAAAAUCCAAUCAAGAGAAGAACUUAUCGCCAUCCUCUUUGAUGUUCGAAUGCCCUCAUCUCAGAACACAGAGACGUCCAUCAUCCCCAACUCGCAACGAACAGAAGGUAUCAAAUCUAGAGCUUGUCAUUCGGAUCUGAGGGAAUGCUGUAAUUCAGAAAUUUACAAUUAA